AUCAAAUAAAAAAACAUAACCAAAAGCCCUAAAAGUCAAAUGUUUGAAGUUUCAACGCCUGAGGUCAAGUCGAAGAACAUUACAGAACAAACUUAACACGAAUAUUUAUAAAUAAAACUUUGGUUUUAACAACAGUCCUCUUAAGUUUCUAGAAUGGCAAUGUUUGGUAUAAUAGUUUCUGGACGAUUGGUUCAAACAGAAUUUCAGCAAAUUAGUGAAACCCAGUUGGUAACUACUAUUAAUGAUGCUGAUAACAUAAAUCAUAUAGUAGUGUUUCUAACAGGAGUUGUGCCUUUUCCAGAGGGAAUGGGUGGCCAAGUGUAUUUCAGCUGGCCUGAUCCUAAUGCCCCUCCUAAUUGGCAACCCUUAGGAUUUCUUUCGAAUCAAAAACCUUCUGCCAUAUUUAGGAUAUCAACAUUGAAGAAACUAGAUGAAAUGGGAGAUUAUUCAAACAUGAUGUUUGGUCAAAGUCAUAUUGUUCACAAUGCCCAAAUAGGAAUUUCGAUAGAGCCCCUCUCAAAUAUUCAAGAUGUCCCUUCUCCCAAUUCCAUUGAAGCAAAUGUAACUUUUGCCCAAAAAAUGUUGGAAAACUUUAUGAACUUUGUUUUGAGUUAUACUAUUACUCAAUCCAACAUGGUACCUGAUCCAACAGCUACAUACGUACCACUAUCAACGGUUCAAAAUUGGUACAGAAAUUUUGAGAGAAGACUACAACAGAACCCAAAUUUCUGGAAAUCGUAAUUUUUAUUCCAUCAAUUUUUUGCACCAUGAAUUUAGAUUUUAAGCUUUUACUGAAAAUUUCGUACUCUCAGUUUCAUUUGUAUCUAAUUGGAAACAUUGAAAAUGAAGUUAAGAGAACUUAUGUUUUAAUAAAGUAACUUCAAAAUGCUAAUGCGUUGA